AUGGAGAUUCCCGCCGGGACCCUGUGCCACUUCUCCAAGGGCCUCCUGCUCUCAGCCUCCGUCCUGGCCCUCUGGGUCCCCCAAGGCUCCUGGGCAGCCCUCCGCAUCCAGAAGAUCCCGGAGCGACCUCAAAAGGACCAGGACGUCCUCCUGUCUGUCCAGGGCAUCCCAGACACCUUCCAGGACUUCAUCUGGUACCGGGGGGAGGAGACGGACGGAGGCACAAGGCUGUUCACCUACAUCCCGGACCUGCCACGGCCCCAGAGGGAUGGCAGCGCCAUGGAGCAGCGCGACAUCGUGGGCUUCCCCAACGGCUCCAUGCUCCUGCGCGACGCCCAGCCCAGGGACAGCGGCACCUACCACGUGGAAGUCCACGUCAAUCCCGAGUGGACCAUGCGGGCCAAGACGGAGGUCCAGGUGCCCGAAAAGUCCCCGGAGCUGCCCGCGACACACCUGCCCGCGAGCACGGGGAUCAUGGCUGCCAUCCUCAUCGGGUCCCUGGCCGCCGCGUCCCUCCUCAUCGGCAGCAUUGCCUAUCUAUACCUGGUGACGAGAGGCAGGAGGGGCCAGAGGCACAGGAUGGUGACCACAGAGAAACUGGAGCUGGGCCCCAGCCACAACACUGGUGACGACAACAUCUAUGAGGCGGUGCGGUCUCCGGUCCUCCUGGCAUCCCCCCUCCAUGGCCCGGGGUCCAUGGGUGCCGCCUUGCCCCCGCCCCUGCAGCCUCCGCCCCUGCAGCCCCCGCCCCCACCAUCGCAGCCACCUCAGCCGGAGGACCACCACUACCAGGACCUGCUGAACCCCGACCCUGCCCCUUACUGCCAGCUGGUGCCAACCCCCUGA